AUGACGAGGAAUAAUUUAGAGGCCCAUCUCAAAUGGCUUUUGAAGCAGGGCCCCUCGCUCUACCCCUCGUUAUCUCCGCCGGCCCACGAGGAGCAUCCUCGAAUCCGAUCAGUCGCCUCAGCACAUGCGCCGGAGAAUCCAGUCGCAGAAAUAAGAAUAAACGACUCCCAACAGCACACGGAGGAAAGUGUUGGCGCGGAGGUUUUGGGAGAUGACACGGAAUUGACAUCGGAUGCAAAUAUGGCUCGGCUACGACUUGCACCCCAAUCUGCACGCAAAUCCCGGUUGCUCUGUACUAGCUCCUCACCGCGACGCGCGAUUGCUCCUAACUCAUCGGUAUCACCGUCUGCCAGAAAGGCACAGGAAAACGCGACGCCCAAAGGAAUCCAAGGCGCUCAAACUACCUCGUUACGCAGUAUCGGGCGGUCCACUACAACUCCUCAUCGCGCUAAACAACUAUCCGACCUUGACUCGCCCUUUUUCGAAGAUCUAGACAUUGAUACUAUCGAUCUCACUGGCGACAUCGACCAAGCGGCAACCUCAUCCGGCGCUGUUGAAGCAUUUGGGGAGCCACGACGACUGUGGACAGAAGAAGCUGCGUUUCGGACGGAACCAAUUGAGAAGCGAGGGAAGAAGCGGAAGAGUGAUGAAUACAAGUCGGAUCUAGUAUCCCCGAAGAAGAAUGGCGCAAAGGUGCGGCCGCGAUCAGCUCUCAAAGCCGAUGGUGCUGCAUCCUCAGAUGCACAAGGCCCAUUGCGAUCAUCAAUCACAGCUUCGUCGCGCUCUGCGAAACAAGACCCGACAAUACCAUCACCAACAAAGCCGACGCGCCGAUCCUCUCCACCCCAGCGAAGAGGUGUCGAUAGGGUCAUUGCUGACUCUGAUGAUGAGUUGUUCGAUGACUGGAGCGCUGGUGGCGGUGAUUUGGAGCUGGAUGACAAUCAAUCGCUUUAUCCAGUUCUCCCAAGACAAGACUCUCCAGAGAACCGAGGAACAAGCGAAUCUUCGACGCGAAACGCCAAAAAUUCCCCAGCUCCGUCUGCUGUGCCCAGACUAACAGAGUUAAAACAAGACUCACUUCCUGGAUCCCCCUCGCGUAUCCCGUCCUCGUCAAAUUUGUCAGAGUUAUACCCGAAGAACCAGGAACUUGCCGAGUUACUGGCUGUUUCAAACGGAUAUCUCGAUCAACAGAUCGCAAAUCUCCGGGACACUCUGACGAAGAACUCGGAAGUCGUCUACAUGCAAGCUAUGAAGGGCGAGCUAGCCCCCGAACUGAUCGCUGAGAACAAGAUCCUCACAGAUCGGAUAGACGCAAUAGAGUCAUUGAAACAACGCAAGUCAGCGUACCACGCAUGUGAAUCAGAAAAGGGAAAAUUGAAAGACGCUCUCAUGAGAGUCAUCUCACAAGGUGGUGACCCGCACACAAUGCCCCAUGAACUUGCCCAAAGUCGGAAAUGUACUUCUCAACUGGAAGAGAUGGAGCAUGAAAUACUACGAUUACUGGCUCGAGCUCAGAUUCCACUGAACCAAAGUGGUCAACCACGAACGACUCUCCCAACAGACAGAGAGCAAUUAGGUCAGAGUGACCGGUUGCCCAAGCAUUCUAUCUCAACCAGCGAUGCUCCCACUCGGUCCUUCAACACUCUUGGAACUGAGCGUUCUCGGCGUCCGUCAUGGCCGACUAUGGACAGUGGACCUAGUUCUCGAACCGAGAACAGGUCCCGUGCAGCUGACUCUUUUACUCGCGGCACAGAUAGAGUCUCUGGAACGGACAUCUUUAAUUAUGAUGAGUCGCUUAUGAGUGGUGAUGACGACGCUUUUACCAGGACUAUGGGCUCACCGACACUUCCAGCUCAGCAGGCGGACGAGUUUGACCUGGACGCCGAUGAUGCAGAGAUGCUUGAGGCCGUCGAUUAUUUUGAGGAUGCCCCGCCGCCUCCCCACAGUCGUGAGCCACUAAAUCGGAAAGUCUUCGCUGAGACAUCCGGAAAUAUUUCGCGGGUGCCGGCGUCGCAAAAGUCACCCAGUCAUAAUGCUCUUUGGCACCAGCAUCCAUGGUCGAAAGAGGUGCGGACAGUGCUAAAAGAUCGAUUCCACCUCCGAGGGUUCCGUAUGAACCAGCUUGAAGCCAUCGAUGCAACGCUCAGUGGCAAGGAUGCAUUCAUUCUCAUGCCGACAGGAGGAGGAAAGUCGCUCUGCUAUCAGCUCCCGUCCGUUGUCACUAGUGGCGCAACUCGAGGAGUCACUAUUGUUGUGUCCCCCUUGUUAAGUCUGAUGCAGGAUCAAGUCUCACAGCUUCGCAAACUUCAUAUCAAAGCAUACUUGCUUAACGGAGAGACACCAAAAGAGGAACGGCAGUGGAUAAUGAGAACACUGUCCGGAUAUGGCGCGGAGGACGAGAUCGAGCUGUUGUAUAUCACGCCAGAAAUGCUCACCAAGAACCAGACCCUGGUCAACAGCUUAGAAAAACUCAACCGGAAGUCUAGGCUGGCGCGCAUUGUGAUUGAUGAAGCACAUUGUGUCAGUCAAUGGGGCCACGAUUUUCGUCCUGAUUAUAAGGAGCUGGGGAAUUUGAGAUCCCAAUUACCUGGUGUUCCUAUGAUGGCCCUGACAGCUACGGCAACGGAAAACGUGAAAGUGGACGUCCUCCACAACCUUCAAAUGCAGGGUUGCGAGCUUUUCUCGCAGAGCUUCAAUAGGCCAAACCUUACAUAUGAAGUCCGUCCGAAGCCAAGCAAGAACGAACUCUUGGCUAGCAUAGCGAACAUAAUCACGACCAAGUAUCCCAAUCAAUCAGGAAUCAUUUAUUGCUUGUCGCGUGACUCAUGCGAAAAGGUUGCGAAGAGUCUGCGAGAGGACUAUGGCAUCAAGGCUGAGCAUUACCAUGCAGGUAUGAAGCCGGAUGAGCGAAACCAAGUUCAACAUGGCUGGCAAGCUGGACGGUCUCAUGUCAUUGUGGCAACGAUCGCUUUCGGUAUGGGUAUCGAUAAACCCGACGUACGCUAUGUGAUCCAUCACAGCCUUCCGAAAAGCUUGGAAGGCUACUACCAGGAAACUGGUCGUGCUGGUCGGGACGGCAAACGCUCUGGCUGCUACAUGUACUAUUGCUACAAAGAUGCCAUGACCAUCACCCGUAUGAUUGACCGAGGUGAGGGCAGCAAACAGCAAAAGAGCCGACAGCGACAAAUGCUCCACAAUGUCGUGCAGUAUUGCGAAAACAAAAGCGACUGUAGAAGAGUCCAGAUUCUCGCCUACUUCAACGAAUACUUCCGUCGGGAAGACUGCAACUCUUCCUGCGACAAUUGCAAAUCCGAUUCUGUGUUUGAGCUCCACGACUUCUCCCGGCAUGCUGCUUCUGCAAUAAGUGUGGUGCGAUACUUCCAAGAGUUGGGGGAAAAGGUCACCUUGUCAUAUUGUGUGAACAUUUAUCGCGGCAGCGUGAAGAGGUUCCGUUCAACUGAGCAUCGACAGGCUACUGGCUACGGCGAUGGCUCAUCACUGGAGAUGGGAGAAGCCGAAAGAUUAUUCCACCGUCUCCUGGGUGAAGGAGCUUUGGUUGAAGAUAAUGUCGUCACAACGGGCAAAUUCGCUGUGCAGUACAUAAAGCUCGGGAAACGCGCUUCUGAGUUUGAAAGUGGACGUCGCUCUCUCCAACUCUAUGUUCGAGUUUCGCCAAAUGGGAAGAGUCGUGGUGGGCGCGAGUAUCACCCGCAGUCCACGAAUGUCUCAUCGCCAGUUCAAGCCGCCCACAGUCGCCGUUUGGCUCGUUUUCGGUACAGCAAUGGCGGAGGCGACGACUCGGACAGCGAUGGGGAUAGCGACGGCUUCGAGCCCGUCCGGGUCGCUGGACAGCAAAAACGCGACAAGAGGCAUGUUCCAGGUCCACCUAUCACGCAAGAUCAUAGGUUCGACCAGCUGGAUCCCCUGCAUAAAGCCGUUGCAGAAGAUUUCAUGGUUUACGCAAAAAACUAUUGCCAAGAUCUUGUCCUCAAGAAAGGCCUUCGCAAUCAACCUUUUACCGAUACUGUGUUGCGUGAAAUGGUCAUAUCUUUCCCGAAAGGUAAGCUUAGCUGUGUCGUGCCCACGUAUAACGCUAAUUUAUGA